AUAGCACGUAACAGCAAACUGUCCAAACAAAGGCAGUUGCUUCUGCGCUGUGGGACUUUUGUAGCAAAAUAAAUAAUGAAAUACCGUAAAUAGCGCCUACCUGCUUGCUAACAGAGAGCCUUGCAAAACAGGCAACCAACAAUAUUUUGCAGUACCUGGAAUUCGCUUAGGUACUAAGCCAUCUAGUAAUAAAAGCGGAAUCAUUUGUAAAGAUGACGCUGAACGAGAGCGACGCUCAGAAGCAGCUGGAACUGACGCGCAACUUUCUGGAGCUAUCAAGAAAUGCCGACACCUGUGCAGCAUUGCGUAGCUCGGACUGCAUUCAGCUGCUGGUUAAAAUACUGCACGACAACGAUGAUGGUGCGAGCGUUGGAGGAGCGGCACGCAAGAACGCCAGCCAAGCUCUGCACAACAUUGUCGAUGGCAAUCAACGGGAGGUGAAGGUGCUUCGUCUGUUGGAUCAAAUACAUGAUUACAGUUGUAAUUUUUUGCGGACGCAAUUGCAGAGCGGUGGCGAAUCAAUUGCCGACGAUGAGGAACGACAUCCGCUUGCAGCGAUGAAGCUACUGAUGAAGGCCAGUUUCGAUGAGGAGCAUCGCCAGACGAUGUGUGAUCUGGGCGCCUUAAAGGCAAUACCAAAUCUGGUGCAUCUCGAUCAUGCUGUCCACGGUCCGGCAUCGGGCAGAGAACAAUGCAAUUUACUGCGACGCUAUGCUCUGAUGACACUGACCAAUCUCACAUGUGGCGAGGAGAACAACAAAUCGCUGCUCUGUGGCCAGAAGCAGUUCAUGGAAGCGCUGGUUGCCCAGCUCGACUCAACCGCGACGGAUAUUGAUGAUUUGCUACAGGCAACGGCCAGUGUUCUACGUAAUCUGUCCUGGCGCGCCGAUAAGCAUCUGAAGACUAUCUUCAAUGAGCUGGGCACAGUGACGGCCUUGGCAUUAGCUGCCAUGCACAACAGGAGUGAGAACACAUUGAAGGCCAUACUCUCCGCCCUGUGGAAUCUCUCGGCGCACUGCAGCACGAACAAAGCGGAGUUUUGUGCCGUCGACGGAGCGCUGGCAUUUCUGGUGCAGAUGCUCAGCUACGAGGGACCCAGCAAGACGCUGAAAAUUGUCGAAAAUGCUGGCGGCAUAUUGCGCAACGUGUCCAGUCACAUUGCCGUCUGUGAGUCGUAUCGCCAGAUCUUGCGGCAGCAUAACUGUUUGGCCAUUUUAUUACUGCAGUUGAAGUCGGACAAUCAGACAGUUGUCAGCAAUUCGUGUGGCACACUCUGGAAUCUGUCCGCACGUUGUCCCGAGGAUCAAAAGUUUCUCAUCGAUCACAAUGCCAUCCCAUUGCUGCGUGCUCUCGUCGCCUCAAAGCAUUCCAUGGUCGCCGAGGGCAGCGCAUCGGCUCUGAAGAAUUUGGUUAACUAUCGCACGGCCCUGGAGCUGGCAACGAGCGACGAGUUGCCAGCGAAGGAGCUGAGCAACGACCAUGCGGGAACACUGCCACGACGUUACAGUUCCAUGCGGCUGAGCAGCAAUCCUACGGGCUCCCUGAAGAAAGUGCGCCCUGAAACUGCAAGCAGCAGCAACAGCAACACGUUGCCCCGUAAAUGUGAGAGUCGCGAGUCCAUCUAUUCCGGCAAAUCCGAUUCGGAUUCCACCAAAUACUCCACCAAAUCCGAGAGCGCCUUCGAGCAGCGCAAACUGAGCUCUGCUCCAGCUAAAACUCAUUAUGAUGCCCCCGCAGAGGAACAGCCCAUUGACUAUUCCAUGAAGUACAGCAGCUACAGCGAGCACAAGCCGGAUAAGCCCAGUUUCGAUAACUCCAUUGACUUGGAUCAACCCACGGAUUUCAGUGUGCGCUACAAGGAAAGACGAUCCGCUCAAGCGGCACAGACACUGUCACAGUCAGCAACGACGGAGGACAGCAGCGAAAUAUUGCUUAUAUUGGAUGAAACGGGCAACAGCUUAUCACCAACAGCUCCAAUGCUGGCCAAAUCCGCAUCAGCUUGUGAUUUGAGCAGCGAUCAAGUGGAGCGGCCCAAGACACUUAAUUUGCGCAGUAAUGCACUAGAGAAUCUGGCAAUUGAUAAACGCACCGAUGGCGACGUGCACACACCUGAACCGGAGCCCGGUGAGCGGCCGAUCAACUAUUGCGAGGAGGGUACACCGGGCUGCUUCAGUCGCUUUGAUUCGCUCACCAGCCUCAUGGAUGCAGCAGCCGCGAAGCAGGAGAAGCCGUCAGCGGUAUCCAAGCCCAAUCACACAUCUACCACAACUGCAGCACCUGCACCACUCCUUCCUAUCAACAGCAACAACAGCAGCAGCAAUAAUAACAAUGGCCAAAGCACAACAGCUUGCCAGGCUAUUGAUUCCGCACUGGAGACACCGCUGAUGUUCUCCAGACGCAGCUCCAUGGACUCGCUGGUAAACGAUGAGACGAUCGGCUGCGAUGAUAAUGGUUCAGUCAUCAGCGAAUACAGUCGCAUGCAGAGUGGCGUUAUCUCGCCAUCCGAGCUGCCAGAUUCACCCACACAGAGCAUGCCACAAUCCCCACAUCGCGAUCGCAAAAUUGAGCAGCGACAACAACUGCAACAACAACAGGAACAGACUCCAAUUAUGAACUCGAAUACAAAUGACCUCAAUGGCAACGAUGAGCAGCGUAAUUACUGCACCGAGGACACUCCGGCGCUGCUCUCCAAGGCUGGCAGCAAUAGUAAUCUUUCAGUGUUAUCCAUAGCGUCCACUGCAAAUGAUCAGAAUUCCAAUGAGCUGCCACGACCAAUGCCACAAGCUCCAGAGCUAAGUGAGGAUGCCAUUUCGAAGAUGCGAUGCGGCGGCAGUGCUCUGCCGAGUUAUUUGCCUGUUACGGAUGAGAUGAACAAGUACUAUGUGGAGGACAGUCCCUGCAAUUUCUCGGUGAUCUCGGGACUGUCCAACUUGACGGUGGGCUCAGCGCAUGUGGGUCCAGUGCGUGUGCCAUUGAAACCGCCAGAUCUGCUGCCUCGGAAUGCAGAACUGGCGCCAAAGUUGCCGCCACGACGAAGUGCUGUUCACGUGGAGGCCGAGCCCCGGCUGCUGCCUAAGCGCAGUGAUUCGCUCAGCUCACUGUCAAUGGACUCGGAUGAUGACUGCAAUCUGCUGAGUCAGGCCAUUGCUGCCGGCAGCUGCAGACAGCAGCCAAGUGGCGCCAGUGCCAGCACCAGCUCUAGUCUUACAAACACAUUGCCAAAAUCAAACGGGAACCGGCGACAUACAAGUGUUGGCGCCAAGACAGAUUACAGCUCCGACGAUUCACUGGACGAUGGCCAGUCGAAGUCAUUAUUUGAGCAGUGCAUCUUGAGUGGCAUGCACAAAUCCAACGAUAAUUUGGAGAGCGAUCGCAAUGAGCCGCCCAGCGAUCGUUUUGUGAGCAAUCAGGUGCGCCAGAUUGAGUCCAUGUUGGCCACGGUUCGACCGUCGCCGACACGCUCCGCAUCCGGCAGUCGACAGCAUCAUCGUCAGCAUCAUCACUGGGUUUAGCCAAAUUAAAUAGAAUGUUUGCAGUUUGUUGGUCGGUUCUCUUCUUUUCUUUUCUUUAAUCCUUCUUCUAAUGUAAUGUACACACUGCAAUAAUAUUCUUACGGUCUCAAUUUGUCUAUAUCUUUCGAUUAAAAAUUUUCCACUUAAAUUUAA